UCCUUUCCGGUCGAACCUGACAACAUGGACGCAAGCCGCGUGCAACCGAUCAAGCUCGCAAGAGUUACCAGGGUCCUUGGAAGGACUGGCUCCCAGGGACAAUGUACACAGGUCCGUGUUGAGUUCAUGGACGACAGCAACCGUUCCAUCAUCAGGAACGUGAAAGGCCCAGUCAGGGAAGGAGAUGUUCUAACGCUUCUUGAGUCUGAAAGAGAAGCCAGGAGGCUGCGAUAG